CCCUUUUCCCUAUACAAGGCGGGUCGGCGUUGUCCCGGAUGUUGCAGAGGGUGAACGUUAGGCGAGCGGAGAGCCUUGAAGCUCGUUGGGUAACAAUUAAAAGCAGUUUCCUGCAAAAUGUCGAUUGUGCUGAGACAGAUGUACCAACUAGGACCUUCAUUGUACAAAUUCCGGCCGCUCGUCAUGCGAGCAGCAGUGGAGAACCGGGUAGGGCCAGCAGCUGUGUUCCUGAACAACUGCAAGCAGUGUGGUGCCCUGCUUGUAUCCCUGAGCAGACCACUUGCUACCAAGAAAGCCAAAGUGAAAGCUAAAGGAUACCAAGGCACUCGAGUGAACAUCAAUGCUGCUUUGGUCGAAAACAUUAUUGAUCUCAACAAAUUAAAACAAGAUAUGCUGGAAAUCAUAGAGAAUCUCAAAGAUUAUUAUGGGAAGAACCUAAAUGUAAGAACUUCACCAGGUGCUUUGGAUCAUAUAACAGUUACUACUAAUGAUGGAAAAUUUCCAUUAAACCACCUGGGACAGAUCUCCCUGAAGUCACCUCAACUCAUCCUAGUAGAUAUGAUGAGUUUCCCUGAGGCAACGAUGGCUGCCACCAAGGCCAUAAGAGAAAGUGGAAUGAACCUGAACCCAGAAGUGGAUGGGACUCUGAUCAGGGUGCCAAUUCCUAAAGUGACCAGAGAGCACAGGGAAAAUCUAGCCAAACUAGCCAAACAAUUUACAAACAAGUCAAAGGAAUCACUCCGAAAAAUACGUACUAAUGCCAUUGCUCAAGUAAAGAAAUCGAAGGACUCCACCUCUGAAGAUAUAAUCAGACUACUAGAAAAGCAGAUACAACAGAUGGCAGACGAUGUUACUGCUGACAUGGACAAACAACUGAUGGCAAAAACCAAAGAGCUUUUAGGAUGAACAAGAUGGGAAGUAUAAACGGACCGGAUAUGAAAAAAAAAAAGUUGUUCCAACCCACCCAUUCCCAAACUCCUUUCCCAAAACUGAUUCUUUCAGAUUCUGACAGCUUGUUAGUUCCAGAGGCCAUUCCUUGUAUACUGGUAAAGAAUUUUUGAAGUGCAGUCACUGUUGUAUUCUAGGGAACACAGGAGCUGGUUUUGUGCACAGCAACUCUCACAAGCCGCACCUAAAUAAAUCAACUGCUUCUGGGGUUGGUUACAGAAUAGAUGCGGACAAUGAACAUAUUUCCGUGUUCCUCUUUGAAAGGUAGCAUUAAAUGUAUUAUUUUGUUCACCUGAGGGCACACAGGCACUUGUUUCACCAUCUCAUUUGAAAGACAGCACCUCCCAGCGUAUUAUUGCACUGUCCUCCAUACUGCCACCUAGAUUGAGUGAUAAGGUCUCCGGAGUGCGACUUGAAUGCAUGACCUCCUUAUUGUGAAGCAGGUUAACUCCUGAGUCAAGUUUGACAUUUGUUAAAAUCGUCAUUCAGUAUAUACUAGGCUCUUAUCAUAACUUUCUUAUGCAUUUUCUGUCCUGGUGUCAGUGACAAUGAGAUCAAUAGAGUGAACAGUGACUGUACUUCUUCAAUGAAAUAUUGCUGGCAUUUAGCAUGUUUGGGAGAGAUGAAAGGAUCUGAAAGUUCUUUCCUCCUUUUGUGUGACACUAGAUUGCACAUUGGUUUCUGAAGAUCAGUUAUACAUUGAAAAGGUUCCAGGCAUUUUCAUCCUACAUAGUUUGUUUUUUGAACUGUAGAAAAUGAAAUUGAUGCAUUCUAACUUGUGUGCCUGAUCAACCUAAUCUUGUGGAGUAACAGGAUUUUACUGGCCCGAGUGAAAUAUAUCAUUUUAUCUAUUGAAUCAUGGCAAUGAUUUUAAACCGCUGUUGUCAAAAAGUAA